CUGAGAUCAUGACUUGAUUUGCAUAUCUUGACCGCGCUGUCGGAUCGUUCAUCCUCUGAUUUGAAUUAUCCCGUUGAACCAACAAAUUAUUCAUGGCAGAUAUCGUAGCUUCAAACCGUGAUCGCCUCCUCCAAGCUGCAGUUGAAGCGAAGACAUUCGCAUACGUGCCUUACUCCAAAUUUCGUGUGGGAGCUGCUCUUCUCACUGAGGACGGCGAAAUCAUCAAAGGUGCUAAUAUCGAGAACGCCUCGUACGGUGGUACUAUUUGUGCAGAGCGCACUGCAUUCGUGAAGGCAGUGAGUGAAGGCAAGCGUAAGUUUGCGGCCCUCGCUGUCACAACCGACGUUGCCUCGCCAAUUGCGCCUUGUGGGAUGUGUCGUCAAGUAAUUCGUGAAUUUUGUUCCCUCGACAUGCCCAUCCUAUUGGCUGCAUCUUCUUACAUGGAGAAGGAAGAUGGAAUACGAGAAUCUACUCUUGGGGAGUUACUUCCAUUUAGUUUCGGACCUGAAGAUUUGGAAAAAGAUCGUGGUUAAAUCCCUUUUGAUACCUGUUUGAAUUCAUCUAGGUCAUGUACGCAAUAAGAGAACAUCAUGUCUUAUAGGAAUGAAUAAUUUUGUAGGAAGAACGAAGUAUUGUCUUCUAGGUCUAUACGAGUUCUGUACUCGCCCGAAAUGGUAGUAGAACUGGUUGUGUG